CUCCGAGCUGAGCUUUCAGAAGAGACGUAGGAGCAGACGUACAUGGGUUUGGUUGUCACACACAGUACACCGCGGAACAGACAGCUCGACCGGCGCUCCUCCCACUACACUGUACUGAACGUUUGUUUUGUUGUCUUGGAGGUCUACAAUCAUGCGUCUUGCCACUUCAUCGAGAUUUCUGACUCAAACAUUUCGAAGACACCAUCUCAAACCACUGGUGAGUGUUAGAACAAGUGUCAGUCUUGCAGAAGAUCCAAAAUGUCAUCCAGAGCAAAGUGUCAAGAAAUUCCAUGAAAUUCCUGGACCAAAAUCUCUUCCUGUGGUUGGAACCAUCUACCUGUAUUUAAUGGGGGUUUACAGUUUUACACAACUUCACAAGACUGGUCUCAAAAAGUACCUGAAGUAUGGCCCCAUCGUUAGAGAAGAAAUUGUACCUGGAAAUUCUGUUGUGUGGAUCUUUGAUCCCAAUGACAUGGAACACCUGUUUCUGUCUGAAAACAAUCUACCUCAACGAAGAAGUCAUCUUGCUGUUGGCGUAUUACGGAAAGAUCGUCCUCAUGUUUAUAAUACUGGAGGUUUACUCACUACGAAUGGGGAAGAUUGGUGGAAGCUACGGAAGGAAUUUCAGAAAGGCUUUAGUGCUCCUCAGGCUGUGCGAGCUUAUUUACCUGUCACUGAUAACAUAAUUCAAGAAUUUGUUGCAUCUCGUUUAAUGCAACAAAGAGAUGACUAUCUGCCAGAAUUAUCACGGCUGUUUCUACAAUUGACUUGUUUAGUUGCAUUUGAUAAAAAAUUUGACUGCUUCUCAACCAACGAAAUGAAACCUGAUUCCAUGUCUUCUCGUUUAAUGGAUGCUGCUCUGACAACUAACAGUCUGGUAUUAACAUUAGACAAUGAGAAAAAUGUAAAGAAAGCCAGGUCGUGGAAGAAAUUUGAGAGUGCCAUGUUGUAUAUGGAAGAUGUUGCAGUGGAAUUGGUGAAGGAAAAGGCAGAUUCCUUAGCCAAGGAAAAUAAAGAAGAAUCAGAAAAUACCGUCCCAUCUCUGCUCGAGUUGUACCUCUCAUCCCCUAACUUAGACUAUAAAGAUGUGGUUGGCAUGUCAGUAGAUUUGCUUCUUGCUGGAAUUGACACUACUGCAUACACAGCAUCCUUUGCUCUGUAUUACUUGGCAAAAAAUGAAAGGGUCCAAAAUUUUCUUCGGCUUGAAUCCCAGAAAAUUCUACAGUCACCUGAGGAUCCUGUGACAGCAAAAACUCUAGCAAAUGCUCCGUACGCCCGCGCAGUUCUCAAGGAGGUCUUCAGAAUGAGCCCCAUAUCGGUGGGUGUUGGUAGAAUUGCAACACAGGACAUUGUAUUGUCCGGGUACAACGUACCAAAGGGAACCAAUAUUGUCACUCAAAACCAAAUAUCAUGUCGACUUGAGAAAUAUUUUGCCAGACCCAAUGAAUUCUUACCUGAGAGAUGGAUAAAAGGCAGCCCUUUGCAAGUUAAAGACAAUCCAUUCCUUGUCUUGCCAUUUGGGCAUGGACCUCGUUCUUGCAUAGCUCGUCGCUUGGCUGAACAACACCUGUUGACAUUGCUACUGAGGAUUGUUCACAACCACAAAAUUAUUUGGACUUCAAAGAAGGAACUAGAUUGCAAGACUUUACUGAUCAACAAACCGGAUCAAGAGUUGAAAUUUACUUUCUCUAAAAUUACUAAUUAAAGUCAAAGCCACACACAGCUCAUUGUCA